GGCCUCGUCACAAGCUCUUUGGUGGCUACGGCGGCGGUCGUAGCGAACUCUGUUUCCGCCUGAGUUCGCUGUGGCUUUUGGUACCAGGAAGGUGAGGGUGCCGGACCUUUUGGGCAGAGCUUCUCCGCGCCUUCCCUGGCCUCGCGGGCGCCUCAGUCGGAGAACCACUCCCGGCUGCAGCCCCUCGCGGGCCGGCGGUAACCGCGCCUCGGGCCGGACGAUGCCCAAGAAGCUGUUGCUGCUGCCCCCGCUCUCCGUGUCCUCGGCCUUCCGCGCCCCGCGAGUCAGCCCCGCCGCACGCCUGGCCAUGAACGCCGCCCGCACCGGCUACCGAGUGUUCUCGGCCAACUCCACGGCCGCUUGUACGGAGCUGGCCAAGCGCAUCACCGAGCGUCUUGGUGCUGAGUUGGGGAAGUCUGUGGUGUAUCAAGAGACCAAUGGAGAAACAAGAGUUGAAAUAAAAGAAUCUGUUCGUGGCCAAGAUAUUUUCAUUAUACAGACAAUACCCAGAGACGUGAACACGGCGGUGAUGGAGCUAUUGAUCAUGGCCUACGCGCUGAAGACGGCCUGUGCCAGGAACAUCAUUGGAGUCAUCCCCUACUUCCCCUACAGCAAGCAGAGCAAGAUGCGGAAGAGGGGCUCCAUCGUGUGCAAGCUGCUGGCGUCCAUGCUGGCGAAAGCGGGUUUAACUCACAUUAUCACUAUGGAUCUCCAUCAAAAGGAAAUUCAAGGCUUUUUCAGCUUUCCUGUGGACAACCUUAGAGCCUCUCCUUUCCUGCUUCAGUAUAUCCAGGAAGAAAUUCCAAAUUACAGAAAUGCAGUCAUUGUAGCUAAGUCUCCUGAUGCUGCAAAAAGGGCCCAGUCGUACGCCGAGAGGCUCCGCCUGGGUUUAGCCGUCAUCCACGGAGAGGCUCAGUGUGCGGAGCUGGACAUGGACGAUGGCCGCCACUCUCCCCCGAUGGUCAAAAACGCCACCGUCCACCCUGGCCUGGAGCUGCCAUUGAUGAUGGCCAAAGAGAAGCCCCCAAUCACGGUGGUUGGAGACGUUGGCGGGAGCAUCGCGAUCAUAGUGGACGACAUCAUCGAUGACGUGGAAAGUUUUGUGGCUGCUGCGGAGAUCCUGAAGGAGAGAGGCGCUUACAAGAUCUACGUCAUGGCCACUCACGGCAUCCUGUCGGCGGAGGCGCCCCGCCUCAUCGAGGAGUCCUCCAUUGAUGAGGUGGUGGUAACCAACACUGUCCCUCACGAGGUGCAGAAGCUGCAGUGUCCCAAGAUAAAGACGGUGGACAUCAGCCUGAUUCUUUCUGAGGCGAUUCGCAGAAUCCACAACGGCGAGUCCAUGGCGUACCUCUUCCGAAACAUCACUGUGGACGACUAGCUCUGCGGUGGCCCCGGCCCCGGGGCUCUGGACAGAGACUGAGCCAUCGGUCGUGCUCACGGUCACGGGGUCAGACGGUGUCUCGUGCGUCUGGUGGGCAGGAGGCAUGCAGGUGGUCACGAGGGAGACAAAGCUCAUAGAUAAACGGCCUUAACUGUGUGCCCUUGUCCUCCUGCCCUUAGAGAAAAGUUACAGGCACCUUCCGAAAAGAAUCUGAAAACCUCUCGGUGUUGAAAAGGAGUUCACUGCAGAUAAAGUUUUAACUGCAGGGUUGUUCGUGGUCUCGGCUGCAGGGAGGUGCAUGUGGGGCCGACCUUGGUCGGAGGCCGCGGGGGAGGCCGCGGCACUGCCUCCAUUACAGUCGCCCUCUCCGCAGCCGCCCUGGGAGCGUUUUCUGGAGAUCGCACUUUCCCUGCAAAACUGCUGCACCUGCAGCCCUCGGUCCGAGGGGCGUUCGUGGGGUUACUCACCCUCUAUGGGCGUCUGCAGGGCUCUUCAAUGGCAAAUUAAAGAACCUGUUGUCCUGCUCGUCUCUUUACGCCAUUGUGCAUACACCCACUAUCGUGCCUUCUGGUGGCUGACCCCCAUCCCAACUCUGCAGGAGACGAGGGCUCCACGGUAAAGGGUGGCAGGGUCCCUGGCUGGUCCUGGUCUUGGACAUGUCUCCUCCUGUAGGCCCUACCCCUUCCUAAGCAUUGAGUUGAAUAAUAUAGUUAAGAUCUAAGUUUGCAAAAAAAGAGUAGAACUAACUGUACCUCUUUCAAUUAUAGGCGACACUUGUGUUUAUUGCAUUGCUUAGGACUGUACUUGGCCUUCCUGCCCCCCUUUUAGGUUAUAUAAUCAAUUUGAUUUAUGCCCAGUGUCAGGUACAAACUUUCUGUGCCUUUGAGGCGAAUCCAAGUCAGGGUUGAGUGUCGUCUGGGAAGGAGGGCGUCUGCUGGGCAGGGACCUGGACUUGCCUAUGGGUUCUGCUGGUUCCCGAGAAGUAAUAAAGGACAGUCCGCACACUC